AUGGAAUCCUCUGUUUCCGACUUCUUUUCCCGCACAAAUGCAGCUAUUCAGCCUCCACGCGACUGGCGGCAGAUGCCCGAGGUCCCCGAUGCAGAAGAAUUUAUGAGCAAUGAGCCUCCUAGGCUCCCAUUGAACGACUUUGAAGCCCGACCCCAGUUGCGAGACCAGUUUCUUGAGACUCAGUAUCGGUUAUACAGAUAUGAAGCCACCGAGACCUUAAGACGGGCCAUACAAACACUGCGGAGGGCUCGCAGGCAUCAAUCAAGCCCGAACGAGCAAGAGGGCAGUGCAGCCAAUAAGUUGGAGAGAGUCAACGUUUACCCUGAAGUUCGUGUUGCCGGCUUUGCCCUUGGAGCAAGUACAGCUGGCCAACGACUCAUCAUACCGAAUGCUCCAGUCCGAGAUGAGGAUGACGACGACGACGUCUCUCCUGACGAACUUGAACUAUUCUGCCCGGGGACCUUGCUUGUGCUGUCUAGCGACUGCUUCGAGACUACAUGCUAUGUUGCCACUGUUCUAGAAAACGAGGGAUUGCGUGAUGUCCCACCAAGCAUUGAUAUCUGUUGGGGGAAACAAGAUUACGUCGUGUUAGAUCCGAUGCUUAAUCUAGCAAUGCUCGAGCCAACGAAUGCAUAUUUUGAGUCUCUUAGGCACACAAUGGUGCGAUUGCAAGACAUGUCUAGGACCAGUUGUCUCUUGGACCAGUACCUAUUCUCACCACGUCCUCAUUCUGUUCCGAAUGCUCCCUACCUCAAAGAAACCCCAAACGGAAACCCAGCCGUUCCAAAAACAGCGAGAAGUCUUGACAAGUCGCAGCAUGAUGCCUUCACGGAGGCCACAACACGGGAGGUUUCUAUUAUCCAAGGACCUCCAGGAACCGGCAAAACUUUUACAUCCAAUGUCAUCCUGCAGAGCUUAGUCGAAACGCAGCGGCAGUGCCGCGAGGCGCGUAUUAACCCUGGACCUAAAAUACCGGUUAUUGUGUCUGCUCAAACGAACCACGCCUUGGAUCAGCUACUCCAGAUAUACGUGGAGACCCCGGGGGCUGGGAAAGUUGUUCGUCUCGGUGGGCGCAGUAUUAAUGAGGCUAUUGCAAAGCUCACGAUACCCAAGUUGCGGAGGACACACGUACCUGUCAGCUACCGAGCACAGCCAGCAGGAAAGCUAUGGUCGUUUGCUGGGCGGGCUAUGGCUGCAUUCCGCAAGGCUGUUAUACCAAGCGAUGACAUAGAAAACGCCAAAGAACUUUUUGACUAUAAUCUGAUCUCGGAGGAUCAAUACUAUUCAAUCACUAAUGACGAUUGGGAGUCGAAUGAAGAUGGUAAAGGCGACUUGGCGGAUUGGCUUGGCAAGCCUCAACCUAAACUUGAAGACAGCGGCACAAGCCGGGAUGACAAGGCCAAACAGCAGGCUCGUUGGCAAGGAUCGAGAGUGUUUUUCGUACCUUUACCAACAUCAUCAGAUCGGUCGGCCAGCUCUGUCUCCCAAGAUCGCGCCAUUCAUCUACUGGACACGACACGCAAUCUAUACAACAUCAGACCCGAGGAUCGACAAGUCGUCUACAAUUACUUAAGAGAAAGGCUUCAUGCUAAAAAACACCCCUCAAUGGCAGAUCUUAUUCAGUCCUAUAAUGGGGCGCGAGCGUCAAUUCAGAGCACCAAGGUUGCCAACGAUCUCGCCUAUAUACAGGCGGACGAAAUCGAUGUGGUUGGAUGUACGGUCACAGGGUUGAUGAAAUACCGACAGCUCAUUUCUAGCCUUAGACCUCAAAUCUUACUCAUGGAAGAAGCAGCAGAAGUCCGCGAAGGCGACACAAUUGCAGGUCUCUUGCCCUCUAUAGAGCAUCUUAUUCUCCUCGGCGAUCACCAGCAGCUACAGCCACACGUCGACAUGGUAGAGCUAGCUAGUGACCCCUACCGCCUUAAUAUCUCCAUGUUUGAACGACUCAUUAAACUUGGAAUCCCACACAAGACCCUUCUUCAACAACGCCGCAUGAUACCAUGCCUGCGAGAAAUUGUGCAACUAUUUUAUCCAAAAUUAGUCGACCACACGCCAACCAUAUCGAAACUGCCACUCCAAGUCUCUGGUGUCAGUAAGCCACUAUGGUGGUUCCAACAUGACUGGCCAGAAGAACCAGGGAUUUGUAAUGGCACCUCGUUGCAGAACUUUAGAGAGGCUCAGAUGAUUGUACUAUUUGUUCAAUAUCUGGUUACUCUGGGAAAUAUCCCACCAGAGCGCAUCACCAUGCUCACGUACUACAGAGGCCAGGUUGACUUGCUCAACAAGCAACUGGCUGCCAGUCAAAAACUCGCAUCAUUGGAAAUAGAGUGGUCGGUACGAACUGUAGAUGGUUUUCAAGGAGAGGAGAAUGACAUCAUCUUGCUCUCUCUAGUCCGCGGACCCAACGGAAAGGCUGGUUUCUUGUCACAAGAGAACCGUGCCAUUGUCGGAUUAAGCCGUGCAAGAGUCGGAAUGUACAUCUUUGGGCAUCAAGAAGUUCUUCUGAGGCAUCCUCGUCGGACUUGGUCCAAGGUUAUACGACAGAUUGGGGAGAACCAAGGGCGGUCAUUGCCCCUAUGUCCCGACCCAGACACAGACAACGUGGUUCAAGUUGACCAUCCAGAUCAAUUUAAACCAAUACUACGAAAUGCACGGCAUAAAAUGCCAAGAAAGGAACGCCAAAAAGGAAGUUAUUCCAGUGGCUCGGAGAAGGGGGGCCGACCUGAAAGCUCUGGGGCUCGCAAUGUCGAAAGCCCUCCAAAGAUCCAGGCCCCAGAGAGCAGAGCUGCCGAAAGCAGCCAGAGCCAAGACGCACCAAGCCCCCAAGUAAGACUAACAUUUUGGACCCCCAAUCUUCCAAGCCUGCCGCCAGAAAGGCCAGUAGACACAACAGAGUCCUUGGCUUCCGAUAUUGAGCUGCUGUCAUUCGAGGAUUCGGAAACAGUCCCCAUCUCGCAGCAGCUGGCGUGGGAUGUCACGCCGCUGCAACCAGCUACAGAAGAAGCGGAGGAGGAAUGGCUCAUGGAGUUUUCAGAUGACGAAGCGAGAGAGGACAAAUGA